AUGAUUAUAGCAAUUGUAGGAUGUACUCAUGGAGAAUUGAAUUUAAUUUAUUCAUCACUUAGCAAAAUAGAAGAAGAAAAUAAUUUCAAAGUGGAUUUAUUAAUUUGUUGUGGUGAUUUUGAAUGUGUAAGAAAUAGUGUAGAUAAUGAAUGUUUAAAUGUCCCAAAUAAAUAUAAAAAAGAAGAAAAUGAUUUUAAAGAUUACUAUACAGGAAAAAAAAAAGCAAAAGUGUUAACUGUAUUUGUUGGUGGAAACCAUGAAGCUAUGAAUGUAUUAAAACAAUUAUAUUAUGGUGGAUGGGUAGCACCUAAUAUUUAUUUUUUAGGAUAUUCUAAUGUUCAUAAUAUAAACAAUUUAAGAAUAGGGAAUCUUAGUGGAAUAUAUAAAAAAUAUAAUUAUUAUAAAAAAUAUUGUGAAUGGUAUCCAUAUAAUGAGCUAACUAAAGUAAGUGCUUAUCAUAUCCGUAAAUACGAAAUAGAAAAAUUAAAAUUAAUAAAAGAAAAAAUGGAUAUUGUGAUUACACAUGAUUGGCCCAAUAAUAUAGAAAAACAUGGAGAUAUUAAUGAUCUUCUAAGAAGGAAAUAUCAUUUUCAAUCUGACAUUUAUAAUAAUACCUUAGGUAAUCCGCAUACAGAAAUUUUACUAAAUAAAUUAAAACCACAAUUUUGGUUCGCUUCUCAUUUACAUGUUAAAUAUUCUGCUAUCUAUUUACACAAUGAUCAAACUAAUUAUACAAGAUUUCUUUCUUUAGAUAAAGCACAACCACAUAAGCAUUUUUUGCAAAUUUUAAAUAUUGAAAAAAAAAAUGAUAUUUUACAUCUUAAUUUUAAUCAUUUGUCUAAUCUUAAUACUAAUAAUCAAAGUGUUAAAAACGAUACUUUUUACGAUCAACAUGAUAAAAAUUCAGAAAAUCAACAAAUUUCACAUAAAGAAGAUUCACUAUUAGAUAAAAAUGAAAACAUAGAAUUGAAUAAUGAGAAUAGUCUUAUUAAUACUAAUAAUAAUUAUGAAAUAAUGUCAAAAGAAGAUAAAGAUAAUUUUCAAGAAAAAAAGUUAAACGAAAAUGAAAAUCCUAAUUAUGAAGAAGAACAAUUAAUAAAAAAUAAAGAAAAUGAAAUAAAAGGUGAAAUAAAAGAAGAAAAAGAGGAAAUUGAAAUAAAAGGAAAAAAUGAAAUAGAAAUAAUAAAAGAAGAUGAAGAAAAAGCACAAGUAGAAGAAGAAAAAGAAAAAGAUGAAGAUAAAUUUGUAGAACAGAAAACAACAAAAAAAGAGCAAGAACAAAAAGAAGAACAAAAAGAAGAACAAGAACAAAAACAAGAACAAGAAAAUGAAAAUGAAAAUGAAAUAAAAAAGGAAAAAGAGGAAACUGAAGAGAAAGUAGUAAAUUCUACAAAAAAUUGUGAAAAUAUAGAUUUUAAUAAUAAUAUAGAAAACAAGAUUAAAAGUGAAGAUUUUAAGAAUGAGGAAUCAGUAGAAUAUAACAUUAAUAAAGAUAAAAAAUGUUAUAUAUGUUACGACUUAGAAUGGCUUGCUAUUUUAAAAGCAAAUCAUCAUUUUAUUUCAGUUAGUAGUUCUAAAGAUUAUAAUUUAGAAGACCUGAAAUAUCCAACAAAAGAAGAUUUUCAAUUUGUUGAAGAUAAACUAAAGAACAUAGAUAAAAUAACAAUUGAUAAUAAGGAUUAUUUUUUAGUUCAUGGAUAUAACAAACCCAAUUAUAAAAAUUUAUAUGAACAACGACAACUUUUUUUAAAACGAUUUGAAUUGGAAGAGUUAAAUAUUUACAAUGAAUGCGAAUUUAAUUUUUUUAACGAAGAAAUAAAAUCUCUAGAAUCAACAGAAAACGUUGAAAAUUUAAAUGAACAAAAUGAAGUUUGCGUAAGUUUGGAUAAUCAAUCAUAG